UUAUAAAAAUGAAAUUCGUGGUCAUUAAGAAAUCAUUAAUCAAAACCAUCAAGAAUCUUUGAGUUUUUUUCUUCUUCAAGAACGCGAUGAACGACCGCAAAACCCUACUCCAAAGAGAAAUAGAAGAAGAGAAUCGGGCAAGGAAUCAGAUCACCGUUUCGCCUACAAAGUCUCAAAUCGUAGUCACAAACGCAAACGCAGCUUCAACUGGUCCGUCAGAGGUCGCUUUUAACGUUUGCUGCUUAUGUGUCUAUUGUCCUCUUUGCGUUCUGUGGUGCUGCAUCAAGCAGCCUUGUACAAUCGGAUGGCGAGCCAUCCUAAAGGCUAGAGGCCAGUUAAGCCGCUGCACCAGCUGUGGCAGAAGCUAUAGUAGGAGGGUUAAAGCCGCAGAUUAUUCAUCGUUUUCGGAUAUUGAUUCAGAUGAUGUGAGUUGCAAAGCACAUAAUUGCUCAAAACGAAACGGCCGAUUACGCAAACGCUAGAGUUGACUUCUUAAUGAUGAGUUAAUGGAAAGUCUUGCGAUUAAAGUCUAUACUAUUAUGAUAAUAUGGAGUUUAAAAGUUUUGUUGUGAUAUACCAAAUAUGUAUUAGUAUAUAUUAUUACUGUGUGAGGGAUAAAGUUAUCUUCAAGGAAUAAAGUUGUGUUUGUUUUGCUCAAAAAAAAAAGUUGUGUUUGGUU